GCCUCGGAGGUGCGGAAUCAGGCGUGCGGUGGGCAGGCCUGGAGGGGGCGGGUCCGCGCGGGCCUCAGUGCCGCUCGCCAGGCCUGCGGAGAGGAGAGGAGGAGAGGAGAGGGAGGUCACAGCGUGAAGGUGUAUCCGCUACGUCCGCGUCCGCCGUCUCUGAGGGCUGCAAGCGUCGGGAAACACCAUGUCUUACUGCCGGCAGGAAGGGAAGGAUCGGAUCAUAUUUGUGACCAAAGAAGACCAUGAAACUCCCAGCAGUGCAGAGCUGGUGGCUGAUGACCCCAACGAUCCCUAUGAGGAGCACGGAUUGAUUCUGCCCAAUGGAGACAUUAACUGGAAUUGCCCAUGUCUUGGGGGAAUGGCCAGUGGCCCCUGUGGGGAGCAGUUCAAAUCUGCCUUUUCCUGCUUCCACCACAGCACAGAGGAGAUCAAGGGGUCAGACUGUAUAGACCAGUUCCGGGCCAUGCAGGAGUGCAUGCAGAAAUACCCUGACCUCUAUCCACAAGAUGAAGAGGAAGAGGAGGCAAAGCCAACGGAGCAGGAAGAGGAAACAGCCGACUCUAAGGCCUCUGCAGCCAAAGAGCAGGGGUCAAGUUCCUGAAGGCCAGUGGGCCCUGGCUGCCACUUCAUGGGACUUUCUGCACAAUGCCUUUUGGUCACCUUUGUGAAAGUUCUCUCCCUUUGUGCACUGUAAUGUACAAAAUAACUUAUUUUAAUGAUCAGGGUUUCUGGCUACUUGCCAUAUACACUGAAGAAAAGGGGCUGUGUGCACCUGUGUCCUGCAUAAACCUGUCCUUGAACAUUAGGCCACUGCUGGAUGUACUCUGUGAUUGUCCUGGAUUUUGCCACUUUGAAAUAAUGUGCUGAGACUUCUCAGCAAUCAAAAGUUGUUACUCAGGAAAGUUUAUUGUGAGAAAGCUGAUUUAUUCUGAUCUAUUGUAUCCCUUUUGGUAGACUUCAUACCUCUUUGGGAAAUUAAGUAAGUACAUGCCAAAACUCCUUCAAGAGUGGGUGUAUUCCUGCAGGAAGAGGCUGGUGGUAGGUACUGGAGCUGGAGUGCAUGCAGCUGCUUGCCUCGCUCCUGACAGCCAAGUGUCUGUGUUUGCAGUCCACGUCCAGAAGUUGAACCCUGUGACUCGCAGUCUCUCCCAAGAGAAAGGAGAGGCUGAGUUUGCUGUUAUUGUUUUGUUGUUCCGAAAGCCCUGGUUUGGGGCCCAUGUUCACUCAGAUCUGAUAUUGAGGUGGGGACCUAGCUGCUUCCAGAGCAGACGCCAAUGAGGAAUGUCUGAAUGAAGUACUCAAUUAAAAAGAAACAAUUUCUGUCCGA